AUGCCCUCAAGCGUACCGUUCUCAAACAAGAAAGUGAAGAUGGGGAAACAAUAUCCCACACCACUUAUGAGCACUUCAUUCGUCCACAGCGUGGCCCUAAAUUUUCCUCCGGCAACUCCGGCUCGCUUGCCCUCACAAAAACUCAUGUACUCAUUAUGGUUGGCCUUCGCUCGCAGUACCACAAUAAUAUCCACCUUCGGCCGGGCCCUCGAGCUUGGUUAUCGACAUAGAGGGCACAUUUUACUAGAUGAAAAAAUAGGAGAGAUGGUGCACAUCUAUCACCAACUAACUGAAGCCUGGAGCCUAGCCAUCCCGACUUCACUCAUUGAUAUCACGAAGCAUGCAUUAAUGACUACUCACCUAACUAUGAGAUUGUAG